AUGUUCCGUUCCAGCACAUCUUCGUCGAAUCAUGGGAGCAUGGCCUUGGCACCGAAUCCGGGCGCCGUCGCCGUUGGGAAUUUGGGGGCUCGAGGUGCGAAGGCGGGUGCUUCCGAGACGGGAGCUUGGACAGAGAUGGUGCCGCAGCUCGUUGUCCGAUCAAAAAAAGCAACACAUGCAAGUCAGCGGCGCCAGCCCCUGUUCUGCGGAUUGAUUUUGCUCCCGCUGACAGCUGACACGCUCCAAGAACACCCGACGGCCUGGGUCUGCGCUGAAAGUAACCCCAGCGCCGCGGGAAACCUUGCUUCGGGCUUUGACCUUGUGGGUUCUCCCAUUGCACCGCGUUCUUCCGUCUUCUCCGGUCUGUUCCUCCCCCAACCGACGAAUUCAAGAUUCUGUUCCUUCAACCCUCGCCAUCGCGCUCGACCUUGCCUGCCCUUCCGGGGCCCCACCGGGACAUCGAGUCUCGACGAAGCCGGGUGUGCGGAUAUGGACGUGGAUAUGGUCACGGACGCUGCGCAACCCGCACCGGUUCCGGCGCCAACCACGCCCGCUUCUGCUGGGAGUCCGGGAACCCUUAAACACGGCGAGCCCCGGCGGCGUAACCGGCCUGCGCUGUCGUGCAUCCAGUGCAGGACGCGCAAAAUCCGAUGCGAUCGGAACGAGCCAUGCGCCAGCUGCAUGAAGUCUAAGAUCGUCAAUUGCACCUACGAGGAAGCUCGUCGCCCAAAACCGCGGCUAUGGCGAUUAUCCCCGGCCCCGGCCGCCGGCCAUCACCAUCCCGAGCUGUCCCCGACGUCAGCCGACGAGCGCGCGGGCGCGAAUUCGGCUUUCACCUUCCGGGACAUGGCAUUGCCGGUGCCGCCCCCAACCUCAAAUCCCCCAUGUGCAGGUCCCGGCACUGGUGCUGUGCCACCGCACGGCAAGACCCCGGAGCCCCGUCCAGCCGCGAGUCCGCGCUCACUGCCGCAAAUGCACCAUGCCGAACCCGGCGCCGGAACCUCGGGCCCACUCGGCAACACGACGGCCCUUGCGGAGCGGGUCCGGCAACUGGAACAGCAACUCGCCGAUGCACUGAAACGCCCAGAUUACGGCUCACCUUCGGCCCGCUCGGCCCACCAAACGUUAUCCCCGGAUCUUGGGCCCUCGUCCCGGCCGUCCAAAGUGAACUCCAUGAUGAAUGGGGAAAAGCUCUUUCCCCUCGCUGUCAACAUCGCCGCGCGCAUUGAAUCCGAUAAAAGCUCCGAGGCGUAUUUUUCUCUUCAAAGAUGCCGAGAACUAGGUAGCACCAUUCAGUCGACAAAGGCUUGGUCGUCAACCCCCCCUCAGCUCGGAAAAUCCAUCCCUCCCAAGGACGCCGCGCUUCAGCUAGUAAACGCCUACUUUAGGACCUUCGAGAGCGUCUAUCGGAUUAUUCAUCGGCCCACCUUCUGGCAGGGUUGUCAGGAAUACUGGGACAGCCCAACCAACGCUGACCCGGCGUUUGUGGUGCAACUCCAGCUGUGCAUGGCCAUUGGAGCCUGCUUCCAAGACGAUGCAGUGGCGCUCCGCCGCUCGGCUAUCCAAUGGAUGUGUGUCGAGACAUCACUCAAACUCUACCGCGCUAUUGCGACUGGUUCUCCUGCUGGGGACUCUGGAACGGCAAGCCAGUCUGACGACUUUACCCGACUUGCUACCUGCGGAUACGGCGCCUUCCGGGCGGUUCCGACACUAGCUGUGUUGACUAUCUGUCUCGAACUCCUAUGGCAAGUCCAAGAAGACCGCUCCUUUCGGCAAAGUAUGAACAUCGACCACCCACCAGAUCGCCCAGUGCAACCCGGCAGUGAGACGGAUGUAGGCAACUCCGUGGGAAUGGGCAUCGGUAGUGGUGCCGCGCCGCGGUUAGAGCUAUUAGAGGCGGUGAAGUAUUCGAUCGGUUGGACUGAACGGCGGGUACGAUGUGGAGAGACGAACGUCAAGGGAUACAUUCUGUUCUCUGCGCUGCUUUGUCAGGCACAGGCGCUUCAGCGUGGUGCUUCUGACGCCGAGGUAGAGCGGUCCGUGUUGACUGUUGUCGGAGAGGAAUUAAACCGCUGCCUGCUGCUUCUGCGGGACGCGGCUGGUCGAGAUCCGUCUUUUGCUGUGAAAGGUGGCGAGGCGGCUCAUGAUAAGAAAGGCUCGGGAUGGGGCGCCGCUUGGGGACCUGAAGAUGCGGUGAGCGCGGACACCCUGAGAUUAGCCUCUUGCGCCAUCUGCUAA